AUGUCUCGCGCGUCAGGGGCGAGUUUCGCGCAAUUUUUCCCAUCCGCACCGCGGGCUGCCAAGGACAAAGCAAAGGAACGAGAGAAGGGGAAAUCGCAUACACUGGGGUCGCCGGGCAUCAAGCCUGUUGCUGACAGUUUUGCGGCCUCUCUACAGCCACGCGCUGGCAAUGCUAGCUCCAUCCCAUCUGCUGUCGAGAGCAACCCCUCAACAGAUACCACUGCCCCCCAGGCAGAAGAUAACGAAUCUCUACAAGGCGAUCUCCUGAAUGGUGUUGGCUCGGCCAGCUCGCAUGCCAGCACUACAUCUUCUGUCUUUAGCGCUCCUACUGCCCAGUCCAACAUGACGGCCUUCAGCAGCUCGCGGAAUAUCAGCAGCCUGACUCCGUUGACGAACACCGAUUCAUCUCCAAAUCGCAUGUCCAGCCCACACCAACCAAAAACAAGCGACCCAUCCAGCGUGCUUACUACCGAAAAAGUUCAAAAUGAUGCCCCACGAGCGCAACCUGCCUUGGCAGAUCAUAAUCCCCCACCUGCGCGAAUAUUCGCUCGCGAUCCUAAUAGAAGUAUAAAGGGCAAUAUAUGUACAUACGACCCCGAUAAGCACACAACGAGUGACAAGAAGAAGAAGGGAAAAGUAAAUUAUAAGGAUUUUGGCUUGGAUGAAGAUGACGCCCCCCCAGCGGAUCCGCGAUUGGCCAAAGGUGGCAGACUUGGUUACAUUAAUACCAAUUUCCACAAUCCAAAGUCACAGUUGCUACAUGCGCCAAAAUUACUCCCCAAGUACCGAUACGAGCCAAAAACCUCUUUGGGUCCCGGGCCGCCUACGCAGAUUGUUGUGACUGGAUUUGAUCCACUGUACAAUUUUGCGAAUUUGACGACCUACUUUCAAAGCUUUGGAGAAAUCGCCGAGAGCAGCAACAAACUUCAUCCGGAGACUGGCAGUUGUCUAGGCUUUGGUACAUUCCGCUACAGAGAUAAGAGCUCGAGGGGAGGAAUGACCAUUUCUGCAGUUCAAGCAGCAAAAAUCGCUGUUGUUAAGGGCAACAACAAUCGCAUUGGCAACCAUAACAUUAAGGUUGCAUUUGACCCAGAGGGGAAUAAGAGCAGGCGAAUGCUGGAAAAUGCCUUGAAGGAGUCCAAACCAGAGCCCCAGCCUACAGUCGCCAAAGCAGCAGCGCCUGCAGUUACAAAGCCACCAGAAGUUGUGAAGACAUCCGGGCCGCCACCAACGGCCCCGAAAGGACCAGCAGCACACGUGGCAAGAUCUGCUAUGCGUACGCCAUUCUCGCCCACUACGCCUGCAGUACCACCUACGAAACCUAGAGCCCAACAAGUUCUCGAUAACGAUGAGCCACUCUCUUUGAAACUCGAAUGCGAACCCUAUCUCUUCAUUUCGAAAGAAUCUGUACCGAUUCUCGCUGCUACUGUACCGCAUUUGAGGAAGCGCCUAAGAUUCUUCGGAGAUUUUGACAUACAAUUCGAUCGUUAUGGCUACUAUGUCAUUUUCCCGAAUAGUCCUUGGGGAAGAACGGAUUGUGAAAAGUGUUACAAGGCCACAAAUGGCACACCCCUAUUCACCUACGAGAUGAUGAUGAAGAUGUACUUGCAUGGUACAAAUGGCGCACGAUCAUCCACACGUCACGUUUCUGAUUCCAUUCAGAAGCGCAGCCGCAGCCACAGUCCAUCUCGCAGAGAACUUGAAGCGAGAGAUAAGCAAGAUGACGAGGCGCGUCGGAAGGAGGAAGAUGCUGAUAUGGAAGAAGAGCGAAAGGAGCGCACCAAGAAUUUUGACCCGUCAAAGGAGGCGAUCGAAGUUAUUCGAAGGGAAUUGAAAGAUCAGCUGUUGAAGAAUAUUCAGACAAAGAUUGCAUCACCAAUAUUGCAUUCUUUUAUGGAUCCCGCCAACCAUGUCUCAAAGAGACGCAAAUUCAACAUUGCGGAUCCAAAGGACUUGAAACUUCCACUCAUCCACGAGGAUGAUGAUCAAGAUCCUAGUCCAAUCGGAACUCCAAAUUCUCGCAUGGACAAUUUGGACCGCCGUACCCUAGGAUCCAAAGUCAACUUGGCUGCGUUGGGACGAAUCCGCAUGGCGAAAGGUGGGCUGAAGAAGAAUGCUGGGUUCAAGGACCCCUUUGCAAGAGCACGGCCCCAAGUGAAGAAAGCUGUUGUUCGGCCAUUAGCUCAUCGCUGGAUUGAGGAGGACGAUUCAGAUGAUGAUACAGAAGAUCGUUCUCGGGCUGUCUAUACCGAAGAGCCAGAUUCGAGACCCCGUAGUAGAAUGAGCUCAGAUGACGAAACCUCUGAUGACGAGGACAGCGAUGCGCUUGCUUCUGGGCGUGGCAAUCACGAAUCUGCAUCGGUCGACACUCGUGAUGAGGAUUCGGCCAGUGAGGCCAAUUUUGUUGUAGGGGAGCCCAUCGCUGCAACCAAGAAACGGAAACUCGAGCUACAUGUCGAAGCUGCUCUCAAACGCCAAAAGAAGACAGAUGAGGAACUCUUCGGUAUUGAUGCAGAUAAGAUCGAACAAGCAUUCCCGCUCUCUGCUUCCACUGUUGACGAGGAUACUCCCAUGCCAGAUAUCGACGGAGUCAUCAGACCCGAAGAUGAUGCAGAUGCUCUUGCACAAAGUAAGAAGAAGGCUGCCAAGGCCAAGAAGAAGUCCAAGAAACAGAUCUUCGAAGAACGGGAGGCCCUCAAAAGGCAACAAGAAGGAGUAUACCUGGACGAGCUGCUUAGGGAGCCUAGUGUCGAUCGUGGCGUGGACGAUGAGGAUGAUAUCAUGGAAAGUGCCCCUAUCGAGACCUCUGUUGAGUGGGGCAUGUCAGCAGAGUCGCCCCGACCCACCGUUGACGACGACUUUAAAUACAUUCUAGAUGUUGACGGUCUCCAAAAUAUGCUUAAGGACGAUGAAGAUGGACCUUCUGCCUCGAUCGCCUUCAUGGAGUCCAAACCUGCAAGAUUGGCCAGUGUAGCCAGCGUGGAUGCCUGGACCUGGCUGCAAGAGGAUAUUAAAGCUCUCAACCGGGAUGGCUUCAAGGGUCUCGUUUCAACCAACACCGACGUUGAAGGCUACUACGUCCCUAACAAAACCGGGUCUGCCCGUACCGAAGGGACUAAGAAGAUUCUUAAUUCCGUUAAAUCUCUUUACUUGCCCCAUCGAAUCAAAGUCCAGAAAGCUCGAGAGGAACGUGAGGCACAGGCCACUAAAGCCGGUAGGGACUUUGUGGCCGAGGCAGCGGAAGCAGCCAAGGUCACCGCUGAGAAACUGCUCGCCAAAGGCAACUCUCGAGCUAGUCGUGUCAAUAAUCGUCGCCUCGUGGCUGAUAUUUCGCUUCAGAAGCAAGCGCUGGGUGAGGAUUCAGAUGUUUUGCGGUUCAAUCAACUCAAGAAACGCAAGAAGCCUGUCAAGUUUGCACGAUCCGCCAUCCACAACUGGGGUUUAUAUGCCAUGGAGAACAUCCCGGUUAAUGACAUGAUCAUUGAGUAUGUCGGUGAGAAGGUCCGCCAGCAAGUUGCCGAUCUUCGAGAAAUCAGUUAUCUCAAGAGUGGCAUCGGAAGCAGUUAUCUCUUCCGUAUCGAUGAAAAUACGGUGGUUGAUGCGACCAAGAAAGGUGGAAUUGCCAGGUUCAUCAAUCACAGCUGCAUGCCCAACUGCACGGCCAAGAUCAUUACGGUGGAAAAGAGUAAGCGAAUCGUCAUCUAUGCACUGCGCGAUAUCAAGAUGAACGAAGAACUCACCUACGAUUACAAAUUCGAGCGUGAGAUUGGGAGUACGGACCGUAUUCCCUGCCUCUGUGGCACAGUCGCUUGUAAAGGAUUCCUCAACUAA